UAUGCCAGACAUAAGACCUCUACCGGAGGACCUACAAAAGAUUGCAAUCGAGCAACUAAACGAGGUGCCGCAGCGUUUGGAUGCCGACCUCUUGGCGUUACGCACAUGGAUCGAACAGCAGCCACAUUUGCGGGCCCGAACCGACGACCAAUUUCUGGUUGGGUUCUUGCGGGGCUGCAAAUACAGUCUGGAGAAGGCUAAGUCGAAGCUCGAUAAGUUUUAUACGCUGCGCACCAAAUAUCCAGAUUUCUAUAUGAUUCGGGACGUAGACAGCGAGCGAAUGCAGGAGUUGGUGCGGAUGGGAGUGGGCGUGCCAUUGCCCAUACCGCUUCAUGAAAAUGGACCCCGGUUGAUUUAUGUACGACCGGGUCUUUAUCCGGCGGACAGGUAUACAUUCGACGAUGUCAUGGCUGUGGCCAACACUAUGAAUAAUCUGACGCUUCUUUUGGACGACUAUGCAUUGGUCAAUGGACUUAUUACGCUGCUGGAUUUCACCGACUAUAGCGGCGCCCAUUUGCUUCAAAUGACGCCCACCGUCAUGAAGAAGAUGACCAUAUUUGCCGAGGAGGCGAUGCCCGUUCGGGACAAAGGCACCCACAUGAUUCACACAAAUGCUGCCUUCGAAGCGGUCUUCAAUGUAAUGCGACCGCUGAUGCCCGCCAAAAAGCAGGAGCGCCUUUCCGUACACGGCAGUAAUCUAGAGGCCCUUUACGCCUACAUACCGCAAAAGUAUUUGCCCAAACACUUGGGUGGAGAACAGGGUUGUAUUGACACCUUGAAGGAGGGACAAUGGAACACGUUUCAAAAGUAUCGCGACUAUUUGCGGGACGAGUUGAAAUAUGGAGUCGAUGAAAAACUACGUCCCGGGGGGCAACAGAUAGACUACGAUCACUUAUUUGGAGUCGAUGGUUCAUUUCGUAAACUAAACGUUGAUUAGAUUCUAAAAUUGUAUGUACAUUGUUUGUUCUAGACUGGAUUAAAUUUGAUCAGCUGAAUUGUAUGAAUACGCAUGAUUAGGAUUAAUGGAAAUAUUAAAUAACACAUUCUAAAAGUGGCAAUUAUUACAAUUAUAA